AUGGCAAAGGCAAUGGAGGUCCAUGAGAUGGCCGCCUUGAAGGCAGGCCAAAAACCGCCAAAUCAGAAUGGGGAUGUUCCCAACAGCAAUGACCGGGGCAACAAUCAUGCUCUAAAGGAAAAGACGAAAGUGAAGGUAACAAACAACCCACCAAACCUCAGUGCGGUCCUUACCAAUGGUGGUCCUGAAGCCCUGGCCUGGGGAAUUGUCAUUGUCAUCUUUGGUGCAAUGGCUCAAUCGGCUUCAUUGGCAGAAAUGGCAUCCAUGCAGCCUAUCGCCGGGGCACAGUACCACUGGACGAAUUACCUAGCACCCCAACGCCAGAGGAAGUUCAUCACCUGGAUGCAGGGAUGGGUGACUUGGUUCGCGUGGAUUUCACUACUCUGCGGCGUUGCCAACACUACCGCGACAAUGCUCCAAGGGUUGGCCAGUGUCAAUUACCCCGAGUAUGAAGCAAAGCGAUGGCACAUCACCCUGAUCAUAUUCGCCAUGCUUAUUGUCGAAGCUCUGAUGAACAUGUACACCUUCUGGCUGAUCCCGUGGAUCGAGCUGAUGGCUGGCGUCCUCCAUAUAUGCCUUCUGGUUAUUUUCCUAGUCGUCUUCGCCACACUGGCUCCGCGUCAUACUGCAGAGUUUGUAUUCCUGCGGACUCAAUCGCUCUCUGGGUGGAAUAACACCUUUGCCUCGUGGAACAUCGGCCUCUUGACUCCUACCUGGGGUUUCGUCGGCUUCGAUGGUGCGGUGCAUAUGAGUGAAGAAACUCGUCGCGCACGGCAGGCAGUCCCCCGGUCAAUGUUCUACACAGUGGUCGUCAACGGGGUUCUGGCAUACGGCAUAGUCAUUUGUAUCCUCUUCACCAUGGGCUCCAUUGAGGCCGCCCAGAGUUCCUCUUUCCCUAUCAUCGAGAUCUGUCAACAGGCGACCGGGUCUGUCAAAGCGGCUACGGCGAUGAUCGACCGACGACAUAACGUCCCUAUACGUGCCGUCUGGCUUCCCGUCUUCGUCGUGAUGUGCUUGUCAUGUCUGAACAUCGCUAAUACGGCCGCCUUCGGCGCUUUCGUCGCCUUGGGCUCUAUCGGUCUUUUUGUGUCGUACUUCCUUGCCAUUGGGUGCAUGGUGCACAAUCGCUUUCGCUCUGAUGCUGCCCCCCUUGGCGACUGGAACAUGGGAAAGCUCGGGCUCCCGGUUAAUAUCUUUGCCUUGAUUUAUACAGCAUGGGUCACUGUGUGGCUCGCCUUCCCCUCCUAUCUUCCAGUGACGGGGGAGAAUAUGAAUUAUGCGGCGCCCAUCUUUGGGGCCUCGACAUUGUUUGCAUUAGUGUACUGGUUCAUCAAGGGACGUACACGGUGGCCUGGGCUGAAUGAGGAGGUUGUCCGUCUGGUUGUGGAAGAGGGUGAACUUCGCCUGAAAUGA